UCUCUCUAGGUUUUGUAAACUGAGAAGCCUCAGUCUGUCAAACAACUCUCUGUCCGAGUUUCCUUUGGCCUUGUGUGACAUCACCUCGCUCACUGAGCUCAACUUGUCUGGAAAUCGUCUGUCGUCACUGCCUGCAGAAGUUGGGACCAUGCACAAUCUGCAGACGCUCCUCCUGGACAGUAACUUCCUGAGCUCUCUGCCUAUGGAGCUGGGCUCUCUGGAGGGCCUGACCUACCUCGGCUUAUCCUUCAACUGCUUCAUCUGUGUCCCCGCCGUCCUGGAGAAUCUCAGAGGCAUGGAGAGACUCUGCCUGGCAGGGAACCAGCUCUCUGUCCUGGAUAUGGGUGGACUGCAGUGGCUGCCCGCUCACCACAUAGAUCUGAGAUUAAACCAGCUUCAAAAGGUGACAGUGGGAGACUCAGAGCAUCUAGUCCACAUUGUCCAGCUGGACCUGAGGGACACUGGUCUACAGGAGCUGGAUGUCAGCGCCCUCUGCAGGCUGGAGCUCCUCCGCUGCGACAGAAACACUCUGUCUCUCCUCAGAGUCAGUGGCCACGCCCUCAAGAGCCUGCACGCUGCACAUAACGAGCUGAAGCAGCUGGAGGUUGAACCUGUGCCAGAGAAUCUGACAGUUCUGGAUUUGUCCUGGAACAAGCUGGGGUGUGUUCCUGACUGGGUGUGUGACAGCAGCAGACUGGAGGUGCUGGACAUCAGUCACAACUCUGUAACUGAGCUGCCCAUACGGCUGCUGUCCAGUGGGAGCUUGAGGAAGCUGCUGUCGGGCUGGAACCAAGUGUGCCGACUGGCCGAGAGGCUGGAGAGAUCACAGCUCGAAGUCCUCGACCUCCAGCACAACUAUUUGACCGAACUCCCACACAACCUGUUCAUGAAAGCACAGAGCUUGCUAUACCUAAAUGUGUCAGCCAAUAAGCUGGAGAACCUGCCUGCAGCCAGCCUAUCAGAGGACAGCUACAGCAGCCUCGAGGAGCUCUAUGUGACCAAUAACAGCCUGACAGACAAGUGUGUCCCUCUCCUGACGGGACACUGCCACCUCAGGGUGCUUCACCUCGCCUACAACCAGCUGCAGACCUUCACUGCCAGUAAACUGGCACGACUGGAGCAGCUGGAGGAGCUUGACCUGAGCGGCAACAGACUGAGGACCGUGCCCACCACCAUCCUCAGCUGUCAGCGCCUGCACACGCUCUCAGCCCACUCCAACUGCAUCAACGCCUUCCCCGAGGUCCUGCAGCUGCCGGAGAUCAAGUGUGUGGAUCUGAGCUGCAACGAGCUGACUGAGGUGACUCUGCCAGAGACGCUCCCUCCGAAGCUUCAGGAGCUGGACUUAACGGGAAACCCUCGCUUUAACUUGGACCACAAAAGCCUGGAGCUCCUCAAUAAUAUCCGAUGUUUCAGAGUCGAUCCGUCUCCCUCAGCGACGUGUGUGAGCGAGAGCCACAGGGCCCCUGCAGUCUGGAGCCACGGCUACACUGAGGCCUCCGGAAUCAAAAACAAGCUGUGUGUCGCUGCUCUGGCUCUGGACGGCUUCUGUGGGAUCCGUGAGGCUCUGUAUGGAGUUUUUGACGGAGACAGGAACGUUGAGGUGCCUUACCUGCUGCAGUGCACUAUGGGAGACGUUCUGGCAGAGGAGCUUCACAGGAGCCAGAGGCAGGACGAUUACAUGACCAACACUUUCCUCACCAUGCAAAGGAAGCUGGGCACAGCAGGUCAGAGGAUGGGCGGCUCUGCGGCGUUAUGCCACAUCAGACACGACCCGGUGGCUCCCGGCGAGCACGGCGGCUGCUUCACUCUGAAGGCCGCUAACGUGGGCAGGUGUCAGGCCGUUUUGUGUCGAGACGGCAAAGCUAUGCAACUCUCCACCUCACACAGUGUCAAAGAGGAGGCGGAGUAUCAGAGGGUUCGAGAGCACAACGCCGUCGUCACAGAGGAUAACAAAGUCAGUGGUGUAACGGACUCCACCAGAAUCAUGGGUUACUCCUUCCUGUGCCCGUCUGUGACCCCCCGACCACACGUCUCCACGGUGACGCUCACUCCACAGGACGAGUUCUUUCUCCUGGGCAGCCGGGGAUUGUGGGACAUGUUGUCUCCCAGCGAGGCGGUGGAGGCGGUCAGGAAUGUACCGGACGCUCUGGCUGCUGCUAAGAAGCUGGUGACUCUGGCUCAGAGCUACGGCUGCUCCGACAGCCUCAGCGCCGUCGUCGUCCAGCUCAGCAUCACCGAAGACUGCUGCUGUUUCUGUGAGCCGCCGCCCCCGCCCCCCAGCCCCGGCCUGGGCGCACACACCAGCACACACCAUUACUCAGCAAGCGGUGACGGUGCUAUACCGCCGGCCUCCUCAGGAACAGUGAGCGAGCUGAGCAGUGAGUUCAGCACGUCCGAGAUGAGCAGCGAGGUGGGAUCCACGGCGUCGUCAGAGGAGCCGCCGCCUCAGACCGAGCCCCUGACAUGCCACCUGAACCUGCCUGGACGAGCCGGCGUGCGGAGACCCGCCUGUGGAGGAGGGAGCUUCCAGAGGCAGUUCUCUGGAGCUCUGUCCGACAACGGCCUCGACAGCGAGGACGAGGAGCCCAUCGCCGGUGUCUUCUCUAACGGCAGCCGUGUGGAGGUGGAAGCCGACGUCCACUGUCUGCACCGCCGUGACUGCCCAGCACCUCAAAUAUACUCUCCCACUCAGCCAAGCACAAAUAUCCCUCCUGCUGUGGCCUCGCUUCACGAGCCUUCACCCUCUCCCUUCUCCUCCCAGUCUCCCUCCCCCGUUCCUCCCUCCUCCCCCUGCCUCAGCGGCGAGGCUCGCUCUGGGACUCUGGGCCGAAGGGCUCGAGCUAACGGCUCAGUCGCCUGCCAAGAGAGGAACCAGGACCUCAUAGAGGAGGCAGGUGACGCCCCCGUCAGGAAACAGGGGGGCUACUUUAACGCACCCGCCCAGCCGGACCCCGACGACCAGCUCAUCAUCCCCCCAGAGCUGGAGGAGGAGGUGCGGCAGAUCAUCCAGCAGCAGCAGCAGCAGCAGCAGAUGCAGACGCACAACCAGCCAACGCACAACUUCCAGAAGCCUGCAGACUACUUCGUCACACCACUCUAACGUCUCUCCGCCGUCCUCAGCCGCUGCUUUCUCAUCAUCGAGCGUCAAGGACGGAGAACGGUGGAUUCAGGACAGUCAGUGUCGACACUCCCUCCAAAAACCUCAGUUUUCUGAUCAUGGACCAGACUGUUUCGUUAGGGUUUUUCUUAUUGACUUUAUUUUCGACUGUUAACUCUACGCCCCUUGAAAUGCAAUGCAAUUUUUUAUAACAUUUUAUGUUGAAUUAAAUCCACACAUGUAAUGACUUUUACCAUAUCUUUAAUUUGAAGAAGCACUUUGCUUAAUUAGAGAUGAAUUCUAUGUUAAAUGGUACUUUAAGAUUUGGACUAUAAUGUUUUUGUGGUUCCUCUGUCGGUCGUGGCUGACGGCCUCAGAUGUCGGAGUUAGUAAAAGUGUUUAACUAACUCUUAGGAGUUUAAUACUUUAAAGUGACCUCGUCACUGAAGCGUACUAAUAUUCUCUGAGAGAAAAGACGAUAAGGUUUUCCAGGUUUGUGUUUUUAGGGGUUUGGGGGUGUUCGGAGUUCGGAGUGGUGCUGCAGUGGUGAGUAAAUGCUGAUCAGUUUCAUACCAGCUCGAUACGUGUUCUCAGAACAGUUACAGUCUCUUUACAACGGCAAAUCGCACAAGAGCUACUUUUGCUAUGUAAUAAAUUAAAGUUUUCAGAUAACCAC